AUGAUGACUAAAAUGUUAACAAUUAUAUUCAGUGUGUUAAUUGUGUUAUGCUCCAGUUCUCCUGAAUGUGGCCCCAAUUAUUUCGAGGGUGACAAAUGGUUUGAUGGGUGUAAUUGGUGUACGUGUACGGAUAAUAAAGAGAAGUGUACUAACGCAACGUGUACGGAGUAUCAAGAUGAACUGGACAAUUCCCCCUGUCAAAAACUUGGUGAAUCGUGGCGAGACGGCUGUUAUCACUGUCGUUGUCUACCGGAUGGAAUUCGAUGUCGAGCGAAUAAGCGAUGUGUGCAUGCUCUAAAAUCUGACGAUUUGAAUUGCCCAGUCGAUGGAUUGUGUGUUUGUGGUUUAGACGGGGUUCCGUCUUGUAACGAACAAAUCAUGUCUCGGUUUUCCUUUAAAAAUGUACCCGAACUUGGCCCGGACACGUCAAGCGAUAAAAAACUGAUCCUGAGUUCGAAAGGUGAAAAUACAUUGAGGCUAAAUCCGGACGAGGCGGAAACUGAUUUAGGUGACAAGGAUUUGCACCUUAUACCCACUGACGAUAAAUUAUGUCAUCUCGGUCCACGCUGGUAUGGGGGCGGCCUCCGGUGUUAUUGCGACCCACAGAACGGUGUCGCUUGUGGUAAUCCGAGAUUUAUAGCUAGGAAAGUCGAUGGAUUUAAGAUACGCAGUAAAAAAUGUAGAGUGGGUAAAAUCUGGGAAGAACGCUGUAGAAUCUGCACGUGUAAAAAAUCUGGAUUAUCAUUGUGUCGGAUUGAUCGAGAGUGUACCAAAAAUAAAAAUAUACGACAUUCUGUUAAAAGUAUAGUGGUUGCGGGGAAUGCUGAGUGUCGGGUCGGAUUGAGAUGGAAAGAUGGGUGUAAAAGAUGUCGAUGUAACAAACGAGGUAAAAUUAUCUGUAAAACUCGACUUUGUAAUCUCUCAGAUGAUGGAAAGAAACUUAGUAAUAAAGAUAAAACGCACCGACAGACCUCAACAGGUGGGCUGAUAUCAAAAUCUACACCUAGAUUCCAGUUGCCAGAGAAACCAAGAUUUAGGAUGCCAAAUUUAAGUCUGUAUAAUAAUAGAUUUCAGCGUAAAAAACGUCCAUCAAUUAAAACUGUAAAUUGCAAUGGGUUUAAACCGGGAGAGAAAUACUGGGACAAAUGUAACCUAUGUCACUGUACCAUGGCUGGUGCCCCGAUGUGCUCUUCGAAACUAUGUUGA